AUGUCUAUCAAAAGCAGUCUUUGGGUCAUCCUGCUUCUCUGCAAUGCAAAGCAUGGUUUGUCUUUGCAUUUUGUAGACGUUGGGAUCGUACUUGACAUGGAAUCGUCGAUCGGGAGAUCUAUUAACAGAAGCAUUACAAUGGCGAUAUCUGAUUUCUAUGCUCGUAAUGAUGGCUACAGAACAAGGAUAGUACUCCACAUAAGAGAUACCAAGGGAGAUUCAUUACGAACUAUCUCAAAUGCUCUUGAUCUUGUAAAUAUAGUGAAGGUGAAUGCAAUCAUAGGCCCAGAAACAUAUAUCGGAUCCAAUCUAUUGGCCUCUGUUACUCAUGAAGCCAAAGUUCCUGUAUUUUCUUUUGCUGGUAAAUCCAAAGUGGAUGAAUUCCCUUACUUAUUCCAGAUUAAAGAAGAUGAAAUCUCUAUGGCCAAAAGCGUUGCUGCCCUCGUUGAAUCUUACAAAUGGAGGGACGUUAUUUACGUUUAUGAGAAUACUGAUGAUGGGCUAGAAACACUACAAUAUCUAUAUGAAUCGUUCCAAGACCGAAACAUACGAAUCACUUAUAAAAGUGCCAUCUAUGCCUUGGCUACCAAUGAUCAAGUCAUCAUAAAAUUGCAUAAGUUGAUGAAGAUGCAGACGUCUGUAUUUUUUGUAAAUGUGUCACCUUUACUAGCAUCGCGCCUUUUUGUUAAUGCAAAGAUUUUAGGUAUGAUGAGUGAAGGUUAUGCAUGGAUUUUAAUUCAUAAAACCAUUGACAUCAUGCAUUCAACAGAAUUCAAAGUUAUUCAAUCAUUACAAGGGGCACUAGGUGUUCGAUCUUAUAUGCAAGCAACAAGUAGCUUGCAUAACUUCAAAGAAAUAUGGCACCGGAAUUUCUUGAUGAGAGAGGUGCCAAUGGUUGCCAUAUGGGCAUAUGACACCUUUCGGGUGCUUGCAGAGUCCGUAGAGAGGGUUGUAGUAUCAGAAAAUGGUUCGAUGCUUUUGGCUGAGAUCUUGAAGACAAGGAUAAAUGGUGUAAGUGGCAAAUUUAGACUUAGUGAACGAAGAUUGAUCUCUAACAAAUUUGAGGUUAUAAAUAUGGUCGACCACGGAGAAAGUAAAGUGGGAUACUGGACAUCAACAAAAGGUAUUAGAAGAGCUCAUCUCCCAUCGAAUGGGGCUGCUUUAAAUUCUAGUAUUAAUGGUAUCGAAAAUGUUGUCUGGCCUGGAGGGUCUACAACGACUCCAAAAGGUUGGAUCUUGCGAGCAACUCUUGGUAAAACAUUAAGGGUGGGCGUUGUAAUUGGGGUACCGUUUAAGUACUUCGUAGAUGCAAAGUAUGAUGCUGAAAAAAAUGUCACAACUGCUACUGGGUUUUCCGUGGCUGUUUUUAAAACUUGCAUUCGUGCAUUACCAUAUGAAGUGCCUUACGAAUUUGUUCCUAUAAAAUAUGAUAAAUAUGACAAUCUUAUAAAGAUGGUUUAUGAUAAGGAAAUUGAUGGGCUUCUUGCUGAUACAACAAUCCUAGCCAAUAGAUCCGAAUAUGUUGACUUUACGACGACUUACACUGAUGCUGGUAUAGGGACACUUACAAGAAUCAAAGAAAAUGACUCAUCAAUCUUCUAUAAGCCAUUAGAUGCGGGUUCAUGGAUUGCGUUUCUUAUUUGCGGCAUCUUUACUGUCUUUACUGCUUGGGCUAUUGAAGCCAUGGGAGGCCAAGGACUUGAAAGAUCACCAUCGUCUCAAGGGUUUUGGAGUAUUCUUUGGAUCUUCUUAUUGGCCAUCUUUUUUGCUUUAGGAGACAAGUUAUCAAAGUUCCUGUCAAGAUUCGUGAUGUUUAUUUGGCUAGUAUUGGUGCUUAUCUGGCUAACGAGUUAUACGGCAACACUGACUUCAUUAUUGACGGUAAAACAAUUUGAAUUAGCGUCAAAAGGAGGGGUUGUAGGAUUUCACGGAGGCUCUUUUUUCGGAGGAGUGACUAUCAACAAUGUGAAACUUAUAGAUAAUUUGCAAAAGCCAUAUUACUCUUAUGAGGACUAUGCUAAUGCAUUAUCAAAAGGUGGAAAGCAUGGUGGUGCUGAUGCCAUUGUUGAUGAAGUUCCCUACAUCAAGAUGUUUCUGGGCCGACACUCGAAGGACUAUUCCUUGGUGUUAUCUCAAUCUAUUACUUCUGGUUUUGGCUUUGUUUUUGCAAAAAAUUCUCCUUUGUCAAAAGACAUGUCCAGGGAAAUUGCUAAAAUAAGAGAAGACGGGACCUUAAAGGAUCUGGAGAAGAAGUGGUUUGAUAAAGAAUUUCCUUUAGUGGCUGAAGAUCCUACCUUGACGCCCCAAACCUUGCGCUUUGAUAACUUUCGGGGUCUGUUUCUAAUUUUUAUGGGCUGUUUGGGUUUAGCUUUUAUGGCCGCAGUAUUUUACGAAAUAUUUUCAAGGAGGGUACUUCUACCAGUUGGUGCAAUCAUAGCAGGACAUUAA